GUGUCGAUUUCCGCUUUACAAGGUGUUCUUCCUGGUUUAGGAACACUCGGGCAACUACACCGCUCAACAAAUCAACUUUUUACGGAAUGAAAUAAUUAAAUUACCUAGCUAAGUACAAAGUUAAUUUAAAGACUUUGUACAAAUAUUAAGAUAAAGAUUCAAUACGGGUGGAUUUCGGAUUAAUUGCACGAUGCACGAUUUAUUCUGAACCAGUGAGUGCAUGGAUCCCAAAAUGCCCAACCGCUGUGCCGCACCAAAUUGUAAUAUCUAUACAGAUAAAUCAGACGUGCCAUUUUUCAGAUUUCCAUUGGACUCGGAGCGAUGUAAACAAUGGUUAAAUAAUUGUCAUCGAUCUGACUUGGAGCCAAAAACCCCUGAGGAGUUACACAAUUCCUUCCAAAUUUGUGCAAAUCAUUUUGACCCUUCCUUGAUUUGUCGUGACAGCACUUUAAGAACAUCCUUGAAAGAGGGUGCUAUUCCAACCAGAUUUGAUUUUACAAGCCAUUUGAACAAGCCAUCAGGCCACAACCGGAAUAAAAGAAUAAGAGAACCUGCUGAGGCAGAGCUUGCAUCCUUGAAGAAAGCUAAAGGGGAUUGGUUUGAAGAUGAUGCUCCAUCUGAGGUGAAAGAUAAGCCAGGAGAGAAUAGCGCAACAUGUGAUUUACAGCAAGAGGAACAAAAGAGAGAGGAUGUCGCUAACUCCAAAGCAAAGGAAAUCCUUAAAGUCUACUUUAAGGAAACCCUUGCCUUCACUGGAUUCAGCAUAGGGAACGAUGCAAACCCCAACACCGAUGAACCGAUGGGAGACCACAGAGGACAACAGUCUCUCAACCCCAUCUGUGUUGAAAAAAUCGACCAGAAAGAAGUCCUCCAGUUCAGCGAGGACCUCAUGCGGGAGGAGAUCCGGAACAGUUUGAGGUUGGCACGCUUUUUCUCCAUCCUGCUUCAAGAUGUGACAAACAUCGAGGGAAAAGAUCAGAUCCCAGUUUUCAUCAGGUCCGUCACUGUGGCAGGGUUCCCCCAGAAACACCUCAUGGGUUUCCUGCCCUGUUAUGCAGAUGCUGAGGGCCUGUUUUACAUGCUGCUCUCAGAAAUUCGGAAUAAGUGGGGGCUGCGGAUGGAGCAUUGUCGAGGACUUACCUACCUGACCACAGGUGGUUUAUGUCAGAAAAUGAAGGAUCUCACCAGCAGGAUUCUGCAGGAGUUUCCUCAGGUAGUGCUAGCACCUAGUGACCCAUAUGCCUUUAACAUGUGGCUAAUCCGCUCCAUGCCCAUACCUUAUAUCCAGAAGGUUGUGAACACAGUGGAGGAGGUCGCCAAAAUAAUUAGAGGAUCCCCAGAUCUUUGGGAAAGACUGGAGGUGAAAAUCAAGUCUUCAUACAGCCACCUUAAAGGUGAAGUGGACAGGAUCAUAGAGGCUUCCCAGAACACCUGGGAGUAUGGUGUUGAUGCCUUCCAGACCAUGUUGGACAUUCUUGAACCAUUCCUCGCCUGCAUCAACGAGGUGUGCUCGGCUGCGAACGCAGACACCGCUACUUGUGAGCAGAUGGCCAAGCUCAAGCCGAUCCUGAAGAACUUCAAUUUCAUUAUCACCCUGGUUGUUCUGAAGAAUACCCUCUGUUGCGUGAGUAUCCUCAACCCGAGUCUCAGGGGAGCCAUCAGCAUCAGCAGCACCUUGCAGUACACAAUCUCCAACGCCUUAAAGCUGGUCAACAAACAUCUGCAGGAGAUCGCAAUAUUCCACAGGAAGUGGUUUUCUGAUGCAGUGGGCAGGGCUAAGAAGCUGGGAGUGGAGGUUGCUAGGCCGGAUGAGAGCUCACCUGAGACUGGCGAGGCAGUUGCAACUGAAACCCCUCUGGAGGAUUUCUACAGAGAGACUCUGAGCAGGCAGAUCUUACAGUACCUUGUUGCGGAGGUAAAGAGGGUGUUCAGCACGGAGAUGGUACGGAUUCUGAGAUGGCUCUCAUUGGUGCCGUCUUACAUGGCUGACCACAAUUUCAGUAUCCGCAGGGAUAAAGUGGCGGACGCAAACUUGAACAACCUCGCUCGGCCCGACACGUUUUACGAUGAGCUUGGUUGCUGGGAGGUGAAGUGGAGACAUGCUAGCAAGCGGAGGAUCCUGCCCACAACAGUGUUUGCAACAUUGAAAAUCCCAGACAUUGCAUUUUACCCAAAUGUGCAGAGCCUGCUGAGAGUUUUGGGCACCAUCCCCUGUGUGAACGCAGAGGCAGACGUGUAUGGGCAGUACAACAUGGUGCUGGAGCGGUACCAGUCUUACCUGAAAGCCACACCGGAGGAUAAGAGACUGUGCAACAUGGCAUUUGUCUAUGUCAAUCAAGACGUGCACUUCAAUGUGGAAGACAUGGUUGAGUCCUAUGUGGAGAAGCAUAUUGACAUAUUGCAGUUUUUGCAUAUGGAUGAUGAGGUAAUAGAGAUGCAGCCUGACGCUGAACCUGUCUCUGAGAAUGAUGGGAAUCACACUCUAAAAGAGAAUGUACAAGAAACACAAGAAGAACCACAGGACAUACCCUCUGAGAUGGAGACCGAGAGAGUGGGGCAACCGAAUCUCCCAGCCACAGAAACUAAUAAGGAGGCACUCAAAUCUGCUCUGCAGGUUGCUGUGACAGCUGCAUAUAACAGCCAGAGCAGACAGCCUGGUGAGGCCUCUGCUGAACAGGAUGGCGAGGUGGAAGACUCAUUGAAGUAUGUGUCGAAGUCUGAGAUGGAAGAAGUUCUCAGAGUAUGCGAGGAUGCUGUCAGGGAGGGAAUUCUUGUGGAGGUGGGCACUUCCUUUUUCUCUCUGUUCAUCGACCGCGUUGUGAAGUUAGGGGAGAAAAAACAUCUUCCUCUCUUCCUCAGGUUUGUGGACAGUUUUGAUGUCAUGCGAUUGGAGCUCAUGGGAUUUCUGGAUGUGGAUCUUGACUGUGAUGCCAUGUCAGAGCGCAUAUUGGAAAUUGUCACCAAAGAGUGGCAUCUCGAUUUGUGUUACUGCAGAGGUCAGGCCUACCUAGGAUCUGGUGAUGUCUCCUACAAGCUGAAAGCAUUUGCCUGCAAAAUCCAAGAAAAGUACCCCCUUGCAAUAUGCACACACUGCUCUUGUUACUCAUUUAACAUAUGGUGGUCAAAAUCCACCCCUGUGUCAUCAGUCAAACGGGCCCUGGAUGUUUUUGAAGAGGUUUUGAUGUUUUUUGGGAGCAUGCCUAUGCUUGAGAAACAACUGGAUCAUGUCAUUGCAUUUGGUCUUAGGGAAAGCUAUGAAAAGGUUCAAGAAUUGCAGGGGAAGUUCUGUACCGUCUGGCAGGAGAAGCACGAUUCCUAUGAAGUUUUUGUGCAGAUGCUGGAGCCCCUUGUCGAAUGUUUGGAGAAAAUCAAGAGCAACCCACAGAGGUGGAAAUCCUCAUUCUCUCUAAAAGCUGGAGCACUGCUGCGUUUGAUAAGGGACUUUGAUUUUAUUGUGCCCAUGGUAGCCCUGAAGAACACCUCGUCCUUCACCAGGGAACUGAGUGCAGGACUCCAGAAGGAUCAUUUCAGCGCAGCAUCCCAACUCUGCCAGAUCAGUGGUAUAGUGGCUACUCUUAACAGGGUCAAAACAAACAUCAAAGUAUUUCACCAGAAUUGGUUUGAUGAAGCUUGUGCGCUCGCCCAGAGUCUAGGUGUGCAGAUAAAAGUGCCUGAUAAUUCCUCUGCGUCCAGGGAUAGCAUGAUGAAACCAGCUCUGUAUUACAAAGAUGCACUAAGUGUACCCCUAGUGGACAACCUCACCAAUGCUGUUAAGGAUCAUUUCUCUGAGGACCACAAGGAGGCCCUAAACUUCCUCUCCCUGGUUCCCUGCUCUGUGACUGUGAGUUACAUGUUUGAGAUCCUGAGGUCAAAGCCUCCUCUCUACGCCAGUGAUCUGCCUGACUCCGACAACUUCUUCACCGAGUUGUGCUGCUGGAGGGUGAAGUGGAAGACCAAAGUUGCAUCCGUGACCAUCCCAGACACCAUCUUUCAGACUCUCCGUCUGCCACUUAUGCAGUACUUUGGGAACAUCAACACACUGCUGAGGAUCAUGUCUGUGCUACCCAGCACAGUACUGGAGAACUGUGGGGAAGUGAUGCGCCACAAGAUGUUCCAGGAAUACCUGAGGAACACCAGCCCCAAGGACAGGUCCCCAUGUCUGGCCAUGCUGCAGGUGGGAACCAACUUCAGCAGAGAUCUGGACCGGAUGGUGACUAAGUGCUUGAAGGUCACUCCCCAGGCUUUAGAGGGCAUCUGCUUGGAUAAAGAAUCCAAAAGUCUGAUGAAGAACUCUGAAGCCAACAUGGAAGUCGAUCAUGGCAAAGAUGGAACAGAGGACCUUGAGAAUCAGUCUUCUGACAAGAAAGAGAACCAGGAAAUGAAAGCGGUGGAUGAGAAUGGGCACACUGGAGAUAAUCGACAGAGUUUGGAAAUGGUUUUCAGACUGGCUGCACGUCUAGGGAAAAAGAAGUGCCAGCUCUCCGAACUCUCCAAAGAAGAUCAAGUCCUUCUCAUCCAGGAUCUCGGCCUGUGCCACUGGUUUGGAAGAGAUGGCAAGUUCACGCUUAACGUAGGAGAGGAGGAAAUGGUAGAGCUUCUCACAAAAUCCAUCAGGGAAGUCAUACUCUUAGAAAUACAGGAGUCCCCCUUCUUUUCUCUUAUCACAGAUAAACCUGUUGUAAUUGCUAAUAAGAGCUAUCUGCCUGUCUUUGUCAGAUAUGUUGGGGAAUGCGCCCCCAAGGUAGAGCUCAUUGGUUUUUUGCGAUUUUUUGAAACCUGUGACGUUGAUGUUCAAGUCAAGAAUCUUUCAGCAACUAUAACCGAAGAUUGGGGAUUGCCGAUGAGUCAGUGUCGUGGACAAGCAUUCAUGCGCAUGGGCUCAGGUUGUCACAGCCUGAAGAAGAUGUCUUUGGAGUUCCUCGAGAGCUAUCCUCUGUCUGUCAUCACACCCAGUGAGUCUUGUGGUCUUGCCUGUUGGCUAGCAGGAAGUGUACACUGCCCACCUGUCACAAAGAUGCUGGGAAUUGUGGAAGAUCUUCUACUGUUCUUUGACCAGUCACCUGGACUGGAGGCAGAGCUAGCACAGGCCGUGGAUGGGUUACUGAAUACACCUCGGGAGGCCUUGGAGGAGAUUCCAGAAACCUGUUGCUCCAGGUGGAAGAAGAGGGAGGACUUUUUUGAUCUCCUAGUCGACACAUUGGAGGGAGUCUUGAGUUGCCUGGAUUCAGUUAGUUCCAGCGCCACAGGCAAUAUGUCACUACAUGCACAGGUCCUCGCCACUGCUUUGAGAGAGAGGGAUUUUGUCGUCACACUUGUGAUCCUGAAGAACGCAUGUUCUCCUCUUCGAAACUGCAGCACUGUUUUCCGCUGUGGUAACCCUGCUGACAUCAUCUGUGAGGUGGAGAAGAUCGUACCAAUUAUAGAGACACUGAACAAGAUGUUGGAGAACAUAAGCACUGUACACACACCUUGGUUUGAAGAGGCAUUCCAACUAGCAUCCAAGGUGGCCCCUCAGCAAGUAUGUUUCCCAGAGGAAGCUAACUCUUAUGAGUCUCCAGAGGUGUACUACAGGGACAACUUUAGUGUUCCUGUACUGCGCUGCCUCAUUGACGAAAUGAAGUACAACUUCUCUGACAGUCAUUUGAAAGCCUUGAAGCUCCUGUCUCUUCUUCCCACCUGCAAUCCACAGCCCAUUUCAGAGCCAAUCCGCGCAGAGUCCACAGACAAGCUAUACAGUCUCUACCUGUCUGACCUCCCUGAUCCUGACACAGUAGAGCAGGAUAUCAGUAACUGGGCCACAGUGUGGAAAGAGAAAUAUCAGGACAUGUCACCACCAGCUUCUAUCUCUGAGAUACUGCUUCACCCAGAAUCUCAAAGCCAUCCCACAGUGACAAUGCUGCUCAGACUGGUGGCUGUUCUACCGAGUGUCAGUAUGGAGUGGGACCUGAUGAAGACCACCCUGAACUCCAUGAGGGCUCUGCUGAAGAACACUGUCUGCAAGGGCAGCAAAACCGACACCGUGAUGCUUCUCAUGCAUUACCCAACUGUUCAAAGACUAAGGGAGGUCAUUGAGAAGUGCAUCGAAGUUGACCCAGAAAGCAUCCCAUGUCUUGAGCAGGUGAAGAAACAAAUGAAAGGUCUGAAGCUGGAAAGUGAUUUCAGAGCUUUUGAUGUAAACCCUGAUGAGAGACAUGAACAGACAGUUGAGGAACACCAAGCUGAUAUGGCAGAACAACCCCUUGCAGGAGAGUUGCAAGAGGAGGACGGCGUGCUGAUGGCGGAGGACGGCGUGCUGAUGAUGGAGGACGGUGUGCUGAUGGCGGAGGACGGCGCGGCAAUGGUGGCGGAGGACGGCGCGGCAAUGGUGGCGGAGGACGGCGCGGCGCUGGUGGCGGAGGACGGCGCGGCGCUGGUGGCGGAGGACGGGGUGGGGGGCGGCGCGGCACUGGUGGCGGUGGACGGCGCGGCGCAGGAGGGCGUCGGCGUGGCGCAGGAGGGCGUGGCCCAGGUGCAGGAGGGUGUGGCCCAGGUGCAGGAGGGUGUGGCCCAGGCGCAGGAGGGUGUGGCCCAGGCGCAGGAGGGUGUGGCCCAGGCGCAGGAGGGUGUGGCCCAGGCGCAGGAGGGUGUGGCCCAGGCGCAGGAGGGUGUGGCCCAGGCGCAGGAGGGUGUGGCCCAGGCGCAGGAGGGUGUGGCCCAGGCGCAGGAGGGUGUGGCCCAGGCGCAGGAGGGUGUGGCCCAGGCGCAGGAGGGUGUGGCCCAGGCGCAGGAGGGCGUGGCCCAGGCACAGGAGGGCGUGGCCAAGGGGCAGGCGCAGGGCGGCGUCGCGCAGGCGCAGGACAGAGUCUCCCAGGGGCAGGCGCAGGACGGAGUCUCCCAGGGGCAGGCGCAGGACGGAGUCUCCCAGGGGCAGGCGCAGGACGGAGUCUCCCAGGGGCAGGCGCAGGACGGAGUCUCCCAGGGGCAGGCGCAGGACGGAGUCUCCCAGGGGCAGGCGCAGGACGGAGUCUCCCAGGGGCAGGCGCAGGACGGAGUCUCCCAGGGGCAGGCGCAGGACGGAGUCUCCCAGGGGCAGGCGCAGGACGGAGUCGCCCAGGGGCAGGCGCAGGAUGGUGUUGUAAUGGUAGAGGACAGGGUCGUAGGUCAGAGGCAGGCUAUGUCUUUCUAUGACCCACCUGUGCGUGAGGAAAUACUUAAGGAACUCUGGGACUCACAGUUCUUUACAAUAAUAACGGAACAGGCGGUUGAGAUUGAGGGACAGCUCUAUGUCCCCCUGUGCAUCAGGUACUUGGACAAACAGGACACUCAAUGCGAGGAGACUGUAGCUUUCAUCCCGUUCAGCCAGGACACUGCUGUCUUGGCUGAUGCUAUUGAAACAGCCCUAUCAGAGAAAUGGGGGCUCAAUAUGGCAUACUGUAGAGGGCAAGCUUUGCUAAGUGUUGGUGAGGUAGGGUCUCGGAUGAGGGCUGUAUCUGCUGUAAUAGCCCAGAAAUACCCCCUGGCCAUGCAAAUGGUCAGCUCUGCUGUGUCUCUGAAUGUGUGGCUAGCCAGGUCAUCUCCUGCAGUGGCAGCAGCAGACUGUGCAGUGUCUGUAGAAAACAUGUUACAGUGGCUCACAGAGGAUGCAGAACGACAGAUCAAACUGGAAGAGGUGAUCAUUGCCAUAUUCCAACAUGAUGAGGGGAAGGGUAAUGAGCUUAGGGACAAGCUUAUUAAGAACUGGGAGAAGAGUCAUGAUAUGCAUGAUUUGAUGGUAGAGCUCCUGGAGGUAGUCAUGCUGUGCUUGAAUGAGCUGAAAAGUGAGGAGAGUAGCUUAGGCAGUGGCCAAGCACUGCUUUACUUCGAUAAAGUCAGACGUUUUGAGUUCAUCUUCACGGCUGUCGUGCUGAAGAAUGUCCUGAGCUCGACCAAAAAGCUGAGCCAAUCUCUUCAAGGAAAACCCCUAGAUGUGUUGCUAGCUAUGAAUAGCUUGCCCGAUCUCCUAACUUCCCUCAAUGAAUUGAAGAGCGAUAUCGACACACAUCACAAGGCUUGGUUCAAGGAAGCUGUCUCUUUAGCUUCCAAGCUGCAGAUAACGUUGUUGCACUCUGCGCUGCUAGAACCCCUGAGUCAGUUUUACAAAAUGGCGGUGAGUCAGAAGGUGAUAGAGCACUCCAUUGCUGAGGUCAGUGAGUUCUUCACAGAGAAGGUCCUCAGUACCCUGAGGUGCCUGGAGAUUGUGCCUUACGCCAUGUCGAAGCUAGAAAACAGCAGUGUAAAUGCUCACGUUUUCCGCAUGUACAAAGAUGACAUGCCUGACCUGGUCUCACUCCCAACAGAGAUGAAGUCUUGGAGAGAGAAGUGGUUGGAUCCCAUGUCCGGGUAUCUUCCAGCCACUGUGCUCGACACUCUGAAGGCAUCAGACAUUAGGAGCUUUAGUAACAUUGAAACCCUCCUAAGACUCCUGGUCAUCCUACCAUUUUCCCGGAGGGAGAGUACCUUCAGGCAGGGAAAGAGAAGCCUCCAGGGGUUCAUACAACAGGAGACCAGGUCUCUUUCUGAACUUCAUCCUCUGUAAAUAAGUUGGUGUUCCCUCAAGCUCUUAUUAGCAUAAAGCUGGUUUCUGAGUUGGUGUCCUAUACUGCUGACCCACUGUACCCUUGAGUAAAUGUCCAACCUAAUUUAGGUCUCAAUAAACAUUUUAACUUACUAGAAGACAUUUCCCUGUAUACAUGAAUGAUCUAAAUCUUUUGGUCAUUUUAUUCAUUGUUUUUUAUUAUAACAUUUUUGUUUUAAGUUGUUUGGAUAAUUGUACUGCCUAAUGGGACCAAUGUCUUGACAAAAAAAGCAAUGCUCACCUGAGGGUUACCAAUGCUUGUGUGCCUUUAUGCAAAACUAACAGUCAACCCCAUGAAUCAUAAAAAUACAGAUGUCUGAAAAUGACAGUCCCAUCAGGCUUUUUGAAAUAACUUGUUUUUGUCAGCACCAAAUAACAUUGGACUGAAUUUAAGAAUCACUUGCAUCAAUUCACUGUCAAUAAGUUGUAUCAUUCUCUUCCUUGGCACAAAUAGAAAUGGUUAGUUCAAUCAUGUAGAUGUAUUUUAUGAUGGUUUCUUGUCUAGGAGAGUUCAUUUUCUGUAAAGAAUUCUCCAAAUACUGUCUCCUUAAGAGUUCAACAUUUCAUAUAUAUUUGUCAAAAAAUGAAAAUAAAAUUCUAAAAAGAC